UAUUAUUAUAUAAAAACAAGACAAAGCUCCGGACGCCCUUUUCUUUCUUCUUCUCACGCCAGUUCACAAGUUAGGGAAAUCCCGUUUGGCGCUCGAGAAAGUGAAAGAGAGAAUGUUCUACAGAGGUAGCUAUGGGGAUGUUGGAGAUGGGCGUGAAAUCUUUCCAAAACGGCAGCGGUUGAUUGAUCAGAGUCCUUCAUUCUAUGGGACUUCUUCGGGUUCGAGUUUUAUGUACAAUCCUCCUGGUUAUUCUUAUAUUGGCCAGCCACCUCCAUUCCCAGUAGUUCGGCUUCGUGGCCUUCCAUUUGAUUGCACGGAAGCUGAUAUUGCAGAUUUCUUCCGUGGCCUUGACAUUGUCGAUGUUCUUUUCGUCCGCAAGAAUUCCAAAUUUACUGGGGAAGCUUUCUGUGUCUUGGCGUAUCCUCUUCAAAUUGACUUUGCUCUGCAGAGGAACAGGCAGAAUAUUGGCAGAAGGUAUGUUGAAGUGUUCAGAAGCACAAGGCAGGAAUAUUAUAAGGCCAUAACAAAUGAAGUAUCAGAUUUGCGUGGUGGUUCCCCUCACCGAAGUGUGUCUAGAGCAAAAUCAUUUGAUGAUGGAAAGGAUUCUGCUGAACACACAGGGGUACUGAGAUUGAGGGGAUUGCCAUUCUCAGCUGGAAAGGACGACAUCGUAGACUUCUUUAAGGAUUUUGAGCUUUCAGUAGACUUGGUUCACAUUACAUCUAAUUCUGAAGGAAGACGAACUGGAGAAGCUUUUGUGGAAUUUGCAAGUGCGGAAGAUUCAAAAGCUGCAAUGGCAAAAGAUAGGAUGACACUUGGGAAUCGCUAUAUAGAGCUUUUCCCUUCAUCACAUGAGGAGUUGGAGGCAGCAGUUUCAAGGGGCCGGUGA